GUUGAAGGGGAUCGUGAUGCGUAAACAAGAUUAACUCCCUCGCACCCAAUCGCGCCGAUCCACCAAGCCAGUGCGUACCCGUGUCGGAUCCCAGGACCGUGCCCGGGGAGCGGGGCAUCGAUGGGGCAGCCCCGAGCCUCUCACUGCGGUAUUUGGGGGUGCUAUUCCAAGCCGACAAAACCAGGGGCCCCCAGCCUGACAAGAGGCUGCUGGCGAGCCUCCCCUCCGCCGCUUCCCUCGCCCUCCCCGCGCGUCCUCUCCGCCCACCGCGCUCCAGCCUCUCGGCCGCAUCCCGCGCCGUCCUCCACCUCCCGAGCCGCCCAUCUCCCAGCGCCCAGCUAUGGGGGACCUGCCCGGCCUCGUGCGCCUCUCCAUCGCUUUGCGCAUCCAGCCCAACGACGGCCCGGUCUUCUACAAGGUGGACGGGCAGCGCUUCGGCCAGAACCGAACCAUCAAGCUGCUCACCGGGUCCUCCUACAAGGUGGAGGUGAAGAUCAAGCCCACCACGCUGCAGGUCGAGAAUAUUUCCAUUGGUGGAGUGGUUGUACCUCUAGAGCUGAAGUCUAAAGAGCCUGAUGGGGACAGAAUUGUUUAUACAGGCAUAUAUGACACAGAAGGUGUGGCCCCAACGAAGAGCGGUGAACGACAGCCCAUCCAGAUUACCAUGCCGUUCACAGACAUUGGAACCUUCGAGACAGUGUGGCAAGUCAAGUUCUACAAUUACCACAAGCGAGAUCACUGCCAGUGGGGAAGCGCCUUCUCUGUCAUUGAGUAUGAGUGCAAGCCCAACGAGACACGUAGCCUCAUGUGGGUGAACAAGGAGUCCUUCCUCUGAGGGUGGCUUCUCCCGAGAUACUGAAUGAGGUCUCCUCAGAAGCCUGUGUUUAAAGUAACCCAGCACAAGCCAAGGCACACCACCCUGUUGCUGUUUCCCACUGGGUGCCAAUGACCUACUAGCCCUGAUUAUUUUGAAAAUGUAAUUCCCCCCUGAUGCUGUGUCCAUAACUAAAAGGUUCAUGAUGUACCUUCCCUCAAAGAUGAUCCCUUUCUGUGUUCUGUGCUGGUGUUCCGCCUCUUGGUGCUCUGGGUCAACCUGACAGCCCCUUGUGACAGGAGCUCAGUGGCCUGAGCAGGCCAGUACUAUGGAUCAUGACUCCACUUAACAAUUGUGUUGUUUCUUUCCAAAUUGAUCCCUUCUCUUUGUUACACAAAAUGUUCAGUAAAAAAUGAAUUCUAUUUGUGGGUUAUUUCCCCCAGUAUAGUAUGGUGACUUAUGAUCUGUAAUGUUUUUCCAAGCAGGCUUGGUGAAAAUGUGAAAAAGUGAAUGGGACCCCCAGUAGUGUUUUCUAUAAACAGAUCAGCUUUUUCAGGGAAGGAGAAUGAUAAAAUCACAAGAUGGAUAUUUAAGAAGUUAUCUGUAGUGUCUGAAUGCUCAAGUCACUCAAGUAUUGUGCUGUGGCUGAGUGAAUGUGGGAAAGGCCUGUUUUGUGAAUCAGUGUUGAGAGAGGUGACAGGAGUUAUAGUUCAUAUUUGCUGUGAGUUGUUGGGAUUAAACAUGCCUGUUGAUGUUCUUUUUCCUUUCCCCUUCACUUGAACUUUGUAAAACUGUGUAUGGAUCUCUAAGAACCUUUUGAUAUUUCUUAAUAAAGAUAUUGAAAAUC